UAUUACUCAUAGCGGAACAGAUCUACAACGGAGGCAGACGCUUUAAGAUGACGUCACACCUGCGACUAUAGGGAAGCGGUAUUUCUGCGCCUUGUACGGAGAAGAAAAGAGAGAUUGGAGUGAACACAUGCCGCCGAAAGGAAAAAGUGGUAAAGGAGCAAAAGGGGGAGCCACUGGAGGUGAUGUUGCUGAAAAAAAACCUCAAACGCCAAAAGGUGGUAAUGCUGUUAAGGUGAGACACAUCCUUUGUGAAAAACAUGGGAAGGUUAUGGAAGCCAUGGAAAAAAUAAAAUCCGGAAUGCGAUUUAGUGAAGUGGCCACUCAGUACAGCGAGGACAAGGCCAGGCAAGGGGGAGAUUUGGGCUGGAUGACAAGAGGCUCUAUGGUUGGACCUUUCCAAGAAGCUGCUUUUGCUCUUCCUGUAAGCACUAUGGACAAACCAGUUUACACUGAUCCCCCUGUUAAGACCAAAUUUGGAUAUCACAUCAUCAUGGUGGAAGGAAGAAAAUAAAUAAAUUAAUAAAGA